AUGUCGGUCUCACAGCCAUUAUCGGUGACCCCGAGCCUCUUCGGAGACCCUUCAAUCGAUCAUGCUGUGGCCGGCUUCACAGCAGGAACCGUGGCCACCCUCAUCAUGCACCCGCUAGACCUGAUCAAGGUCCGCUUCCAAUUGGCUGGAAAUACGCUAGCCUCGUCCUCAAUGACGAGCAAAAGACCUGGAUUUGGUCGGGCGGUGUAUGGCGCUUUAGAAGAUGCGGUCCGAGCGGAUGGGUGGAAAGGGCUGUAUAGGGGACUAUCGCCAAAUUUGGUAGGCAGCGCUAGCAGCUGGGGGCUGUACUUCUUGUUCUAUAACACGAUCAAGAAGCAGAUGCAGCAGCGCGACCCAAAUAACAGGACUUCGGGUGGACAGCACCUUCUCGCUGCUGCAGAAGCUAGUGCGGCAGUGGCCAUGCUCACAAAUCCGAUAUGGGUAGUCAAGACAAGAGUAUUUGGGACAGCUCGAACAGACAGUACCGCUUAUAAGGGAUUAUGGGAUGGUUUGACCGGGAUUUACCGCACCGAGGGGAUGAGGGGCCUCUACAAGGGGUCGUUACUAGCCUUGGUGGGGGUAUCGAACGGCUCUAUACAAUUCGCAACGUACGAGGAUCUCAAGCGACGGCGUACAGAAGCAAAGCGACGGAAAUUUCAGAAGUCGGAGAAAGAAUUCAGGAUACAGGAUGAGAAGCUGUCAAAUCUAGAAUACAUCUUGACGUCUGGCGCGUCCAAGACUGUAGCUAUAGCUCUGACGUACCCAUACCAGGUGGUGCGAGCAAGAAUACAAAACGCCUCACCGUCUCCAUCCCAACCUCGCGUUACCAUACCGUCCGUCAUCGCCGCUACAUACCGCAAUGAAGGCUUCCUCGCCUUCUACAAGGGUUUAGGCACGAACGCGCUUCGCAUAUUACCAGGCACGGCGGUCCUGUUUUGUAUCUACGAGAAUCUGGUGUGGGGGUUCAGGGCGUAUGGAUCAUAA